AUGGAAACAAAAAAAAAUCCAAAAGGCAUACUGCUAUACAUACUAGCUAUUCAUGGUCAUGACACUGUCACAGAGAGUACUUGUACUGUUGCAUUUUUGAAUGACAACACUGAUAACGUUUUAGCUACAGCUAAUGAAUUAGAUACAGAGGAGUUGGUUUUAGUGAAUAUGCAUGCAGAAGAAGAUAGUAAUAAUUUAGAUGUCAUUACUAUUUCUGUAAAUUCAAAUAACAGCAAUGAGCAAGAUAGUACUGAAAAAGCAAAUGAAUCUGAUCCGUUUGACCAAUUUACUGGUACUGUUAAAAAAAGAAGUUUGGAUAAACCUUUUGAAGAGGAAUUACAAAAUGCCCACAAUCAGUAUACUACCUACAGUCCACAUCUAGUGAUUAUACAUUUAAUAAGUUAUAGUUCAAUUAUGAUUAAUUUCUUAAGAGGACACCACUUACACAUGUGUUGUCUUCGUCCUACAAACAUUAUACAACAUCACAAAUGUUAUGUUCACACUAAUCCAUAUUACUCUGUUAUUUUUAAAAUUAGAGCGAAUUGA